CUACGUCGUUUAGGUUAGCUUACAACGUAUCUUUCGGUUUCCUCGCGCUCUGUUGUGACGGAAGAAUGGACCUCCGGCAGUGCAUCGGCAACCAAAACGACGUUGCUUUAGGCAUCGCAAAGCACGUAGCCUUGACGGAAAGCAAGGACUCGAACCUAGUUUUAUCGCCGCUGUCGAUUCAUGUGGUUCUGAGCUUGGUAGCAGCUGGCUCCAAGGGCGCAACGCUAGACCAGUUGCUCUCCUUUCUCAAAUCCAAAGCCUCCGGCGAUCUCAACGCCUUCGCUUCUGAGCUGGUUUCCCUAGUCUUUGCCGAUGGUAGUCCUAGCGGUGGCCCUUGUUUGUCCUUCGCCAACGCUGUCUGGAUCGAUAAAACACUUCCUCUUAAACCCUCUUUCAAACAGAUCGUCGACACCGCUUAUAAGGCUGCUGUUCAUCAAGCUGAUUUCCGGAUCAAGGCUGCUGAGGUAACCAGUGAAGCGAAUUCAUGGGCUGAAAAGGAGACCAAUGGCCUUAUCAAAGAAGUUCUUCCUCCUGGCUCAGUUGACUCUUCAACCAGGCUCAUCUUUGCAAAUGCUCUCUAUUUUAAAGGGGCUUGGAAUGAGAAGUUUGAUGCAUCAGCAACAAAAGAUUAUGACUUCCAUCUUCUCAAUGGGAGCUCAGUUCAAGUGCCCUUCAUGACCAGCAAGAAGAAGCAACUUAUUAGCACCUUUGAUGAUUUCAAAGUCUUAGGGCUUUCUUAUAAACAAGGUGGUGAUAAGCGUAGUUUCUCCAUGUAUUUCUUUCUUCCAGAUGCAAAGGAUGGCCUGCAGGCUUUGAUAGAUAAAGUUGGUUCUGAUUCUGCAUUCUUAGAUCGCCAUCUUCCAUCUAUGCCAGUUCCAGUGGGUGACUUUAGGAUCCCAAGGUUCAAGAUUUCUUUUGGGUUUGAAGCUUCCAAAGUCUUAAAGGGACUAGGUCUGGUGCUGCCUUUUACUGAAGGUGGCUUGACUGAGAUGGUGGACUCCCCCAUGGGGCAGGACCUAUAUGUCUCAAGCAUUUUCCAUAAAUCCUUCAUUGAAGUUAAUGAGGAAGGCACAGAAGCUGCAGCUGCUUCUGUAGGUGUUGUGAAACUGAGGGGCAUGCUUAGUACUGAUAAUAUAGAUUUCAUAGCUGAUCACCCAUUCCUGUUUGUGAUCCGAGAAGACAUGACAGGAGUUGUGCUGUUCAUUGGGCAUGUACUCAAUCCUCUCGCAGGUUGAUUAAAUGUUCUAUCCUGAAGAACAUGUGUAACUAAGUAGAUCAAACUUGACAAAAAUGAAACUGUGAUGAUUCUAAUUAUCUGGUUGAAGUGGAGGAGCACUAGCUCUAUUUAAUGUUCAAUUGCAGGUAUUCAUGUUUGUUAUCAA